CUCACUAAACUAACUAAACUUUAAGAGAUAUAACAGAGUAAAUCCAGAUAUGGAGAUGUUGAAAGGCUUCCUCUUUGCAUGGCUUAUUGCUUUCUCUUUAGCAACAAUAGCUGUAGCACAAAACAAUCAAACAGGAUUCAUAAGCAUCGAUUGUGGAAUACCAGCAGGUUCGAACUAUACAGACAUAAUAACAGGACUAUCUUAUACUUCAGAUGUAGGUUAUGUCAGUGGUGGAGUCAACAAAAGCAUAUCACCUAUAUACCAAACCAAUUCCCUAGAAAGGCCAUAUCUCACAGUUACAAGCUUUCCAACAGGAACCAAAAAUUGCUACACUCUAACCCCAAAUGAAGGAAAAUCUGGCAAAUACUUGGUAAGGGCAAGUUUUCUCUAUGGAGAUUAUGAUGGAACUGCCCAAUUACCAGAGUUUGAUCUUUACAUUGGAGAAACUUACUGGGACACAGUCACUAUUUCUAAUGCUUCUACACCAACUUGGAUGGAAACUAUAUACACACCUUCCAAUGAUUCUGUAAAUGUUUGCCUUGUCAAGACAGAUACUACAACUCCAUUUAUUUCAGCGUUAGAGUUAAGGCCAUUGAAUGUUAGCACAUACCGAACUGUGCAAAAUAGUUCAUUGGAACUCUUUGUACGUCUGGACUUUGGUUCCUUAACUGGUGAAGAAGUUAGGUACAGCGACGAUGUCUACGAUAGAAUUUGGACUCCAUAUAAAUUGAGCAAUAAGGUAACUAUUAAUACCACGCAAGACAUACUUCAAAACAGUUACCGAGUACCAUUGGCGGUAAUGAGCACGGCCGUGAUACCUGAUCCAGUGACAGCGACCGACCCUGACUCCAUAAACUUUUUCUGGUACGCUGAUAAUACCACGGACAAGUAUUACAUAUACUUGCACUUUGCCGAACUUGUUGAAUUGCCAGAGACAGAGACAAGGGAAUUCAGCAUUUAUAUCAAUGACGAUCUAUUUUAUGGACCUAUGUCUCCUGACUAUUUAUCAGCGACGACAAUAUACACUGUGACUCCAGGCAGUCUUGGUAUCGAGAGGUACGAUGUUGUGAUUAAUAAAACUGCGACUUCAACUCAUCCGCCACUCAUUAAUGCUGUCGAAAUUUAUAGAGAGUUAAAAGGAAACGAAACAAAUAUUUAAUAAACGAAAUAAAAGGUAGACAACACGAAAAUGUAUCAGCGCGUCCGACUGUGGUGUGGAGUGAAAUAAAAGGAAUUUUUCAUCAAGGAAAUCGCAAGUCCGAGAUGGAGGAUUUUUGGGUGCAUGUGUUUUUGUUGUACAUUUUUGUUUAGUUUACCUUUUCUAUAUAUCUGAAUGAAAGCUAGCUCAAUUGACUGGUCA